AUGUCUCUUAACUGGGUGAUGCUUCAUGACCAGGAAGGCUUCGUUCGCCUUCCUAACGAACGUCUGAUAUACUCUUCCCCUCCACGCACCACUCUCGCCGUGACGCCGCCUCCUGGCUAUAAGGGAAGUGAGAGCUUGUCCAUACAAAGCAGCGCAGGCUGUAUCCAUCUCACCAACCAACGGGUUGUCUACCUGCCCGUCCAAGGAACCGGGGACCUCCAAUCCUUUUCUUCUCCCUUGCUCAACGUUCGCGACUCUCACGUUUCAGCCCCCUUCUUCGGUCCCAACGUCUGGACCGCCCUGGUUCAGCCCGUCUCCGGAGGCGGCAUCUCCGCAAACUUGCCCGCAGUACAAAUCAAACUGACCUUCAAGGAAGGCGGCGCCUUCGACUUCCACACGAAUUUUGAACGGAUUAGGGAACGAUUAGAGCAGGCCGUGGAGGUCUCGGGAGAGGGGACUCGAGGGAUGCGAGGCGUGGAUCUCGCAGCCGUUCAUCUGGAGGAGCUUCCGGCAUAUGAAGGCCCUGGCAAUUCGAACAACUUGACUGUCACCAACGAUACACCAACAGCGCCACAGCCUAACAGGAGAGUAUCCACGGCCGGACCUGAACCAGCGGAACCGCCGCCUUGCUAUGAGGAGGUUCAAUCGCAGAGCGUGGCCAAUGAAUUGGAGGAGCGUUUGCGGCGAGCCAGUUAG